GUCAACUCUCUCCCACAUGUUGUAUCCCACUCUUUAAGCCAAAAUGAUUCAAUUAUUAAGCUCCAAUAAGUCUUUAACCACAAUUUGCAUAGAAAUCAGAAAGAUAAGAAAAAUGGAAUACAAGCAUUUCAGCCACGAUCAUCACCUCAACCUAUACCAAUCCCAACCAGGACAAAAUCUCCUAUGUCACGGCUGCCAAACUCCCAUCUCCGAUUCCUCUUCCAUUUACGCCUGCUGGACUUGCAAAUUCUUCCUCCACGAUCACUGUGGAAACGCCAAUCGUUUCAUCAAACACCCAUCUCACCCUGCUCACCCUCUAAUCCUCAUCCCAACUCCCACCUACUGCAGCGGCGCAUUCAUCUGCAACGCUUGUGGAUCAUUAGGUAAAUCCUUCUCUUAUUCCUGCCCAACUUGCGAAAUCGAUUUACAUCUCAAUUGUGCUUUCCUUCCACCGAAAAUUACCCAUAAUUCUCACCCACAUGAUUUGGUUAUUUCCCCAAACCUGCCCAAGAAGAAAGAUGGGAUGGUUUAUGUUUGUAAGGUGUGUGAUAAGAGGAUGGGGGAUAAGAACUGGAAUUAUUGUUGUGUUGGAUGUGAUUUUCGUCUUCAUACUUUUUGUGCUACAAAUGAGGUGAAGCCGGGAUUGUAUGUUGAUGAUGAAGAUCCAGAUUCUGUGUCUGUGAAUCGAGAUGAUGAACAAGUUAUUGAAUUGACGGAAGAAGAGGUGAUUCAAUUGUAUAAGAUUCAGAUUCUUACACAGAUGAUGUCGAAUGCUAAUAUUAAUGCUAAUGUUUGAUUGUUUAACAAUUGGAUCCGUUAAGAGAGGACUUUCAUCUCUAGCUAGCCAAAUUCAAGUUGCACUUAAUUAACAAGUGUUAUUCUAUCUUUCUUUCU